AUGGCCGAAACAUCAUCAGCGAAUUCCCUUCGCUUCAAAAAGUUCGAUUCCCAACAUAUCCGUAAUUUGUGCAUUAUUGCGCAUGUGGAUCAUGGGAAAACAUGCCUGGCGGAUUGUCUAAUCUCAUCGAAUGGAUUAAUUUCGGCUCGUAUGGCUGGUAAAUUACGAUAUAUGGACAGUCGAGAGGUAUUUUUUAUUGCUCACAUAAUAGUUGAUUGCUUUAAAAUUCGUAUGAUUAAAUUUUUUGGGGAAAUUUUUGCGGGUUUUUAG